AUGACGACCAACGGCAUAUCGAACGGCCACCAAGUCCCGGUCAACGGCUCGACCUCCGGCUGGGAUCCCUCUGUCCGCGACCAAAUCAUCAUGGCCCUUAUGCAGAACGGCGGGCUCAAGCGCAUUCAAUCAACGUUGCGCCAACGUCUCGACGAAGCUGGAUGGUCGCAAGACCUCAAGGAGUACUGCAUAGCCUUGUUCCGAAGCGGCGCCGCCACAACAUACGACGAUGCUUUGACCAUCAUCAUGCGCCGCAUCAACUCUGGAGACGACGAACACGCUGCCAACCCCGAGGGCGUGCCCGCACCUAACCUCGCGAUUCCACAUGAGGCUAAGGUGGAUGGAGCAGAUGCUGUGAAGAAGGAAUUGGCGACGGUUGUCAAGGCGAAGAAAUAG